GUCGGAACAAGGUGAAAUCAUGGAGGAUGUAGAGGGCGAGUAGUCGGUAUCCCGAUAUAUACGGUGCAUUAUUGCUGCGAGAGAUAUGACCCCCCCGCAACUGCGCACAGUCGUAUAUAGGCGGGAGCCCCACCGAGAGUCCCUUAUGCUGCAGAUUCGUCCAGUGGGUUGAAUCAAUGGGUGUUUUACCAAGGUGCUAACAAGGGCUACUCUGUAGGCUCGACGGGAAAUUGUGCAUAUACGUGUAGAUGCCGGGUUUUCGUCAUGUUUCGUGCUUUGGAGAGCAGCCAAACCCCUAGUUAGUUAUACAAAUAAUUUGCUCCAUUGGCGCAUGGCAUGAGAUGUCAACACACUGAACUCGCUUGAAAUUGAACUCAAGACACAGCUGACAUCCUAUUCCAUAGCAUUGUAGAACAGUGAGAGAACACGUCGAUGAUGUCCAUAGCAACCAACCGGAAGCUAAAAAUGUGAUCCCUGUCUUCACGUUUCAGCACUUAAGUUUACAAUAUAUCAGCAAAUCUAACACGACCCCACGCUUUUCAAUCGCCUUGCGCCUCCGUCCUUCUAGAACGAAACCCGCCUUUUCCAGCACGCGACCGCUCGCUUCAUUCCCUUCAAAGACAUGCGCUUCAAGCCUCAGGAUAUGCUCAAACUUCUCAAAAAGCCAGUCAGAAAAGAUUGAAACAGCCUCUGUGCCGAUCCCCUGAUUCCAAUGGUCCUCACCAAUCCAAUAACCUAUCUCCAUCGUUCGAUAGUAGAUAUCUUCUUUAAAUGUUAGUCCGAUGCAACCGAUCAGCCGGUCAUCAGUUGGCCGGCAAAUACCAAAAACGGAGAGCGGCGACUCGGCUGCCGAUGGAGAUGUAAUGAAUGCCCUGGCGCUCUCUAAUGUGUACGGAAAAGGAAAUACGUUUCUCAUGCAUCGGGCGAUUUUGGAAUUGUUUGCUUCCAUAACAAGGGCUUCAGCAUCAGUCUCGCGACAGGGUCGGAUGCGGCAUUUCUGCAAAUUCCAGACCGGAUUCGCAUCCUUGAUGAGCGCAGAAAAAUCCGGAGCCAUAAGCUGCUGAGAACUCAUGGUGCGGGUUGGAUUUCCUCGCUUUAGUUCGGAUUCUUGUUUUGACUCUUGCCUGCUGAUGGGAUGUUAGCAAGCAUAACACCAUGAUCCUUUUUGAAGAGACUAACCUCUGUGUCGUUUUAUCUGACCUCUUGUCCAUCUAAAUUUAUACCUCUAGUGCUACUGCAUAGGAUACAGUUCUUUUCGAGACGGGGCAUACCGAACCUUUUUUAUCACCAAAGGGAGCUGUGUUCUUGGCCGCUGUGACUCACCUUGCUCCUUUUGCUGAUCUACGAGUAGUUAUGGGGGUGCUGGCAUUUGUUUCAAUCACGGCCGCUGGGUCCAUAUUCGAAGUUUAAAGGAAUCCUGGUGUCCCGAUCCGCCCUUCUACUUAAAUAGGACUGUUAAGGUGAAAACGCAUGCAAACCACACAAACAUGUCCCGACUCGUCCAUUCCUCCUCCCCACACAACUUCUAUGCCACGUCCAACUCACAUCGACAUCUGAAUCGACAUCUAAAUCGACACUACAUCUACGUACAUCUACCUUGACGGAUUAUACCUGGUUAGCAUUCCCGGUCUAUUUUCUAACGAAAUACCUCACGACGCUACAUUCCGUCCCAAGUAACACUCCGUGAGCGAAAGAAUAACAACCCUGGGUCCCGCAGCCAUUGCGGAGACAGAUAUUUUAUUUUAGCCAAGCUCCACGAACACACCUCCGACUGCCAGUCAUGUCCCGCCAUGCCCGAGUGGAAGAGGUCUCGGAUUCCGAUCCAGAUGACAUGGAUCCCGCCGACUUCGAUCCUAACAACUUUCCUGCGAAUUCCAUUAUAUCCCCUGUCAAUAUUCCCUCAGUAGCAACAUCAAGGCCGUCCUCGCGGCCCCAAGCGCAACCCCCUACACAACAAUCUCACCCUCCCCAAAUCGACAAUAGAGAUAUCCCCCGUUACUAUCAAUGUCUGUAUCCCGUAUAUUUUGACAAAACUCGCUCCCGCGCCGAGGGCAGGAAGGUCAGUAAGAAACUCGCCGUGGAGAAUCCACUAGCAAGAGAUAUCUUGGAUGCGGUACAGGUGCUGGGACUGCGUGUCGGGAUUCUGGAGCCGGAGAAAUUGCACCCGAAAGAUUGGGCAAAUCCUGGCCGAGUUAGAGUGCAGUUAAAGACUGAGGAUGGCACCCCAGUAACCAAUGUUGUAAAGAAUAAACAUCACCUUUAUAUCAAAGUUGCACAAUAUCUCCGCGAACAUCCAACCACUGAAGAAUCUCCAUUUCGUCUCCGUAUCCGCGGGCUGCCGGUACCAGAAAAACCCAUGCCACCCCCAGCAGCCCCCCGGGGCUGGAAGAUCGGAACUAUUUUACCGUUCCAUUCGCCAGCACUCACUGGUGGAGGCGUGAGUGAUAAUCCCUUUAAAGAAGCGAUGUUGGAAAUGCAACAGCAAGGACUAGGGGCAGAUAUGCCGAUGAUGCCUGGUGGCGCUCCAGAACCGAAAAAGAAGAAGGAGAAAAAGAAGGCCAAGGCUUGAUUUACUGAAUUUAUUGGAACAUCAUACAUUUUUCUCUAGAUGAGCACGACGCAAAAAUUGUAGAGCAAGAGCGCUAUGGGGUUUCCAUGCGAAAAUGGACAGAGUUUUGGAACACCUUAUCUUAUGUGAGGAUUGCAGAGUGGAAGACGGCCGAUUCAAGAUUUUUCACUCCAAAUCAUUCGCCUACCGCCACUUCGUUGUUUUCGAAUGAAGUGCGAGACAUAUAUAAGAGAAGCUUGUCACGGGCUCUCUGGAUGAUUCUGGAUUUUCUUCUUGCUCUGGCCCAACUACCUACGCAGCAUCCCAGGCUCAUGAAGCAAAAUGCGCCCUAGAACGGUCGCCAAUAUCUAACAACUACGAAUCCUAAGACGCCAAAGGGCGAACAAAUCGCCCAUAUUUACUGGGUUACGUUACUACAUUACCACAUCUUUAUUGGACAUUUUUGACUUGGGCGCAAAUAUAAAAUAUAUGUCAUACAAUAAGUAGAUGGGACUAUUACAACGAGUUAAAAAUAAAUAUCAGGAGUAUUUAUAGAUAGUCUCUAAAAUAUAGCUCUGGGAAUUUUUCCUUCAAUAAUCAUAGCUUUAUUGUUAAUUCCUGUAUCUCCCCUAGUUCCGUCGAUGGCGUAGGUGCUAGGUAGCAGCAGCUAAAUACUGUGCGGAGUUUCUGAGUCAAUAAGAAUAGGGAUGCAAAACGCAG